AUGGGAAAACUCAAGCUUAGCCGAGUCAAGUUCAAAUAUGCCUACAUUGUUCUUGACUGGAUCUCAAGCUCAAAUAUUGAUACUUGCUGGAGCUCCAUCUCAAAUGUUGGCCGUCGAAUUGCUGGCGACUUUACUGAUAUUGAGUUGAGAUCCCCGAUGGACCAGGCAGAGUUAACCACAGAGCAGGUGCUGAAAAGAGACAUCCCAUGGGAGACAUAUAUGACGACGAAGCUGAUAACGGGGACGUGCCUUCAGCUGUUAAGGCGUUAUGACAAAAGAUCGGAAAGCUAUCGUGCUCAGCUACUCGAAGAUGAUGGACCGGCUUAUGCACGGAUAUUUGUUAACAUCUUGCGUGACAUUUUCAAGGAAGAAACAGUAGAAUAUGUUGUAGCUCUAGUUGAUGAGAUGCUCACAGGGAACUGGUUCAUACAAGAGAAGUGUUGUAGGAUACUCACUCUGAUAGUGAGUGCUAGGCCAAAAAAAAGUGAUAGUUCAAAAAGAGGAUUCACCACCAUAGAUGAUGUUCUGAAGGGGCUUGUAGAAUGGCUAUGUGCACAGUAUAGAACAUGGAGACAAUUGGAAGUAGGCAUAGCUAGCCCACCCCAUGAAAGCGUCAGUGGUUUGAUCAUGAAGAAUGUGUUGGUUGAAAAUGUUGAUCUGAUGCUGUUCGUUACUCUUAGGAAACCUUCCCACCCUACUCGAGGCAUUCCUACUGCAAUUAAUUGCCUUUCAACAUUGCUUAAGGAACCUCUGGUCAGAUCGACUUUUGUCCGAGAAGAUGGAGUUAAACUGCUGGUUCCUUUGAUAUCCCCAGCAUCUACACAGCAAUCGAUCCAGCUUCUUUAUGAGACUUGUCUGUGCAUAUGGCUAUUGUCAUAUUAUGAACCUGCCAUAGAAUACUUGGCGACAUCCAGAGCACUUCCACGACUUAUUGAUGUUGUUAAAUGUUCCACAAAAGAGAAGGUCGUCAGGGUUGUCAUUUUGACAUUUAGGAAUUUGCUGCCCAAAGGGACAUUUGGUGCCCAGAUGGUAGACCUUGGACUACCCCAGAUUGUUCAAAGCUUAAAAUCCCAGGCAUGGAGUGAUGAGGAUCUACUGGAGGCUCUAAAUGAGUUGGAAGAAGGAUUAAGGGAUAACAUUAAGAGGCUGAGUUCUUUCGAUAAGUACAAGCAAGAAGUCCUCCUUGGCCAGCUUGACUGGUCUCCUAUGCACAAAGAUCCAAUCUUUUGGCGUGAGAACAUCACACACUUUGAAGAGAAUGAUUUCCAGAUUUUGAGGGUCCUUGUGACAAUUUUGGACACCUCAAGUGAUGCAAGGGCUUUGGCUGUCGCUUGCUAUGACCUCUCGCAGUUCAUCCAAUACCACCCAGCCGGAAGAGUAAUAUUGUCUGAUUUGAAGGCGAAGGACCGGGUCAUGAAGCUUCUGAAUCAUGAUAAUGCGGAGGUCACAAAAAAUGCCCUUCUGUGUAGCCAAAGGCUUUUCUUAGGUGCCAAGUACGCGAGCUUUUUACAGGCCUAA